CUUCUUGAAACGGGCCCCAGGUGUAAUCAGGUGUGAUGGGAUGCAACUGACUGACGGAGCAUGCGCAGAACGGUCGCAGCAAACGCUACCUGUAAACUACCUGAACUGCAUCUGCAGACAGAAAGACUGUCAUGGCGUCAGCAGCAGCAGCAGCUGUUCUGACAUGGACGGUACUGUUGUUGGCCGACAAGUUCUGGUUGGUUCGGGCAGAACAGCUGACCGGACUCUGCAACAACAAUCAUUCUUCAGUGUUUGAACAAACAAACAAUUGUGACGCUCAGUGAAUGUGGGCGUGGCUGAAUCUGCUGAUGUGGAGAAGUGAAAUCGAAAGUAAACACGAAUCAGAACUUCUGUGUAUCGGAACCCAUGAAUGCAGGUCCAGGUGAAUCUGAGGACCAAGACGCGGGAGAACCAUGUCUGUCGUCAGAAAGGAACUGGAGGAAUCCUUGAGAUGCUACACCACAGAUACUCUCACUGACAUCCAGAUAAUCAGAAAUUUCUGUGAGAAGUUCUCUAAAUGGAUGCUCUGGAGGGAGACUGAGCUGGAAAUGAUUCGGGACAUCAAAGACAGGGCAGACAAACUCAGGUUGAACCUCAGUGAUUGUGCUAAGUCAGAGGGGAAAGGUCAAGCCUUCAAGAAAUAUUUCAGCAACACAUUCACCCAGACAGGUAAACAGUAUGCAGAGCUGGAGAAGGAGCUGGAGGAGGUGCUGACGGACACUCUUGGAGGUUUGGAGAUGCUCCAGAGCUUCCUGGACGCCAUAGAGAAGCUGGCGGUCAGCUCUGUGCACGUGUUCAUGGAGAACCAGGUGAUCCAGCUUCCUGAAGACAUCAGCUUUGAUUAUGUUCAGGUCGUCAUCAACAACGCUAAACUCAUCUGUCCUCUCCUGCUGGAGUUUAAAAGAGACACCAAGGUUUUCUUCCUUCCUAAAAUGCAAAACGUUGAGGUGAUCGCUUAUCAGCUGGACAGAUACAUCCAGACCACAAAGAAGAUGUGUGAGAGGAUGGAUAAAAGCUGUCUGAAUGAUGACUGUCUGACGAUGACAGAAGUUGUAGUGGAGCUGGAUGUGGAUUUAUCUGAAUCUAACAUGCAGAGGAUGCUGGACCACAUCAACCAGCUCAAGGACAUACGGAUGGAUCAGAACUUCCGGAUGGUCUUCCUGUUUGAAGAAGAAUCUUGUUCCAGCUUCAUGAAGGAGUUUAGUGAGCGUCAGCUCAGGAUGCUGGAGUUUCUGAACGAGCUGGAGGAAAAUGCAGUUCAGCUGGACAGGAUGAACAAAGGUGCAAAGAUCUCCAGUGUUGCUGGCAGCUCGGUGGGGGCGGUUGGAGGUGUUCUGUCCAUCGUUGGUUUGGCGUUGAUGCCUGUAACAGCAGGAGUGUCCUUAGCACUCACUAUGACCGGGAUAGGGAUGGGUGUCACCAGUGGAGUCAACAGCCUCGUUACCACGGCCACUGAGGUUGGGGUCAACCGGAAGCAUCAGGCAAAAGCCAACGAAGUCUUUCAAAGUUUCAUGGAGGAUGUGACUGAACUCCAAAACUGUCUGGAGGAAGUGAGCAACCGAGUGAUCACCCAACUGGAAACUGAACAAGUAGCUGCGGGAGUGGGAAAGGUGCUUUACAGAGCUGGGACAGUUGGAGGAAACAUUGCAGCUUCUGCUGUUAAGCUGCUAAAAAGUGAGGAGUUGGUUUCAAGUGCAGGUAAAGUGGCGGUUCAGGAAGGGGCAGCUCUCCGUAACGUUCCUAGAGUGGCUGCAGACGUCCCAGACAUCGGUCAAGCUGCUGUUAAAAGCUCUCUUGCUUUGUCUAAGUCGGCCAGAGCUGGCUUAAUCGCGGUCAACGCCCUCUUCCUCGGCAUGGACAUCUUCUUCAUCUGCAAAGACAGCAUCAGUCUGUCCAAAGGCAGCGAGACAGAGGUGUCACAAUUCAUCCGAGCCAGAGCUGCUCUGUGGAGCUCAGAGAUGGACUCCUGGAAGAAAAUCCAUGAGACUCUGAGUGACGGUCUGCAGACAUCAGGGAAGAAGGAAGCUCUUCUGGAGACGCCGUUUUACCUCAACUUGAUGUGGAAAAACUGGAAAGACAAGAGGAGGUCCUGCCUGACUAAGAGGAGUAACAAAUAAAAGAUCAACUGCCAUGUGUCAUCUAUCAAACAAUUUACCUUAAUGACAAAAUCUCUCAAGAAUUUCAUUGUUAAUCUAAAACUGAGGUAACUUUUGAUUAAUCAUCUGUCAGAAAUUAGACUGUAGAACUGAUUUAAAAGGUCUGUUGCAUUUUUUUCAUGCUUAAUUUAAUUAGAAAAUAGUAAGUUCUAAUUGUUCUGUUAUAGAACUUGGAUCUCUGUCUAUUGCAAUCAGGCUAAAAGAUGAUUUCCAAAACACCAUAUUAAGAACAUUUCAAUUCAGAUCCUUCAGCAACAGCUUUAUAGCAACAUUAAUGUGUAAUGAGCUUCCAUUGUGCCAUGCCUUUUCUUUUGUUUCUCAAUACUAUUACAAAUAAAUAUAACUGUGUCUUUGUUAUCAAUUUUUAUUUAGUGAUCAGUUUUUAUGUGUUUUAAUCUUUAUUUUUCAUUGAAUCGACAAUCAUUGAGCUGUUUCUAUUGAUUCCCAUAAUAAAGCAGUACGUUGAUGACUGUGUGUUGUGCAUAAUAACUUUAUGCUGCCGUUGCCCUCCUUUUUAUUUUGCUGUCUGGACUGGGUUGUAAAAAUUAAAUCGAACCAUUUUCACAAUUUGCAGAAGAAUGUUCUAGCAGAAUUAAAAUACUGAAUAUGUUCUCAA